AAAUACUUGUGCGCGCGGACGCGUUCGCCAUUCUCGAGACCAGCGCCAUUUUGACCUGUAAGUAGAGAAAUCCUUAACUUUCAUCAUGAGUGGCUGUCGUGUGUUUAUCGGCCGUCUGAGCCCCCAUGCUCGUGAAAGGGACGUUGAGAAAUUCUUCAAGGGCUACGGACGCAUCCGGGAGAUCAACCUCAAAAAUGGUUUCGGCUUUGUGGAGUUUGACGACCACAGGGACGCAGAUGAUGCAGUGUAUGAGCUGAACGGAAAAGAACUGUGCAGUGAGAGAGUGACCAUCGAGCAUGCCCGCUCACGACGUGGAAGAGGUGGCGGGCCAGGAAUGGGUGGUGGACGUUUUUCUCCACGCUUUGGAGGAUAUCGUCAGUCUCGCAGUGCAGGUUCCAGGUACGGCCCACCAGUACGCACGGAACACAGAAUCAUUGUGGAGAAUUUGUCCUCCCGUAUCAGCUGGCAGGAUCUGAAAGACUUGAUGAGGAAGGUAGGGGAGGUGACCUUUGUGGAUGCGCACAGGACCAAUAAAAAUGAAGGGGUGGUUGAGUUUGCUUCCCACAGCGAUAUGAAGAAUGCCCUUGAUAAGUUGGAUGGGACGGAUCUGAAUGGACGCAAACUCAAGCUGUUUGAGGAUCGCAAGAGGAAUAGGAGCAGGAGUCGUUCCCGGAGCAGGAGCAGCUCCCGUUCCCGGUCCCGUUCAGCCAGUCGGAGUCGUAGCCCUGAGCGUGGAAGCAAACGCUCUCGCAGCCGCUCAGCCAGUCGCACACCAGAGAAAAAGACUUCCAACAACCGCUCUCCCUCUCGCUCUCCGUCGCCUGCUCCAAGGAAACAGAGCCGAUCACGGUCUGCCUCUGUGGAGAGUCAGCACUGAGUCAAAUGGGUGUAUGAGUGUGAGAGGCUGAGCUUUUUUCACUUAUUAGUGUGGCAUAUGUUAAAUAUAUGCUACUUUAGUGUAAAUUACUGUGACUUGAAUGAAAAAUGUUUGUAUGAAGAUGUUUUGAUUUGCUUUAAUGCUGAAGAGCUGGGUGGGUUUAGUUGAUUUAUGAAGCUAAACUUCAAGAUUAAAGAUUUUCACAAUGUCUUGUUUCAUUUGAAUAUUUUAUUUGGUGAAUGACAAACCUGGAGUACUUCUGUAGAGAUCUUUGUGUAGGUUUUGUUUUUCCCAACUGUUUUUUUUUAAGUCUUGAUGGUUGUUCAUCAAAUUUGUACCUGUAUAUACACUCUGUAAUAAAGUAUAUUGUUAUUUGGCAGAGGCA